CUGCGCAGAAGCGCGUGCUGAGAGCUCGUCGCGGAGGCGGGGGGCACAGGGAGCGGGAGCUGCGGCCGCCGCCGCUGCCGCCGCCACCGCCGCCGCCGCCGGCGGAGCUGAGCGCGGGGACCGAGAUGCAGCUGUUGCCGUUCACCCCGUGUCUUCUGGCCACUUUCUCCUUUGCUGCCCCCCCUCACAGGCUGCCGUUGUCCUCCUCCUGGGGCCCAUCAUGAAUGGUGCCCCUUCCCCGGAGGAUGGGGCCUUCCCUUCUCCGCCAGCGCUGCCACCACCCCCUCCCCCAAGUUGGCAAGAGUUCUGUGAGUCCCAUGCGAGGGCCGCUGCCCUGGAUCUCGCCCGCCGUUUUCGCCUCUACCUGGCCUCCCACCCACAGUAUGCAGAGCCUGGAGCAGAAGCUGCCUUUUCUGGCCGUUUUGCUGAGCUAUUCCUGCAGCACUUCGAAGCUGAGGUGGCCCGGGCCUCGGGCUCACUCUCCCCACCUGUCCUGGCCCCACUGAGCCCUGGUGUGGAGACUGCACCACCGCAUGACUUGUCCCUUGAAAGCUGCAGGGUGGGUGGGCCCUUGGCUGUGUUGGGCCCAUCUCGAUCUUCGGAGGACCUAGCUGGCCCCCUUCCUUCCUCAGUCUCUUCCUCCUCUACAACGUCCUCAAAGCCGAAACUCAAGAAACGCUUUUCCCUUCGUUCAGUGGGUCGCUCAGUCAGAGGCUCUGUACGAGGCAUCCUGCAGUGGCGGGGGGCCGUUGACUCUUCCUCCCCAACUGGGCCUCUGGAGACCACAUCAGGCCCUCCAGUCCUAGGUGGAAACAGCAACUCCAACUCCUCUGGUGGUGCUGGAACAGUUGGUAGGGGAUUGGCUAGUGAUGGCACAUCCCCUGGGGAGAGAUGGACUCACCGCUUUGAGAGGCUGAGACUGAGCCGUGGAGGGGGAGCCUUGAAAGACGGAGCAGGAGUGGUACAGAGAGAAGAGUUGCUCAGUUUCAUGGGGGCCGAAGAAGCUGCUCCUGACCCAGCAGGAGUGGGUCGUGGAGGAGGGGCGGCUGGGCUGACCUCAGGGGGAGGAGGGCAGCCUCAGUGGCAGAAGUGUCGCCUACUGCUCCGAAGUGAAGGAGAAGGAGGAGGAGGAAGUCGCUUGGAGUUCUUUGUACCACCCAAGGCUUCCCGGCCCCGACUCAGCAUUCCCUGUUCUACUAUCACUGAUGUCCGCACAGCCACGGCCCUAGAGAUGCCAGACAGGGAGAACACGUUUGUGGUUAAGGUAGAAGGCCCUUCAGAGUACAUUCUGGAGACGACUGAUGCACUUCACGUGAAGGCCUGGGUGUCUGACAUCCAGGAGUGCCUAAGCCCUGGACCCUGCCCUGCUAUCAGCCCCCGUCCCAUGACCCUUCCCCUGGCCCCCGGGACCUCCUUCCUCACAAAGGAUAACACAGACAGCCUGGAGUUGCCCUGCCUGAAUCAUUCAGAGAGUCUGCCCAGCCAGGAUCUGCUGCUGGGAGCCAGCGAGAGUAACGACCGCCUGUCGCAGGGGGCUUAUGGGGGCCUUUCCGACCGGCCGUCAGCGUCCUUCUCCCCUAGCUCCGCCUCCAUUGCUGCCUCCCACUUCGACUCUAUGGAACUGCUUCCUCCAGAAUUGCCCCCUCGCAUUCCCAUUGAGGAGGGACCCCCAGCAGGGACAGUUCAUCCCCUCUCAACCCCCUACCCUCCUCUGGAUACUCCAGAAGCAGCCACAGGGUCAUUCCUGUUCCAGGGAGAGUCCGAGGGAGCUGAGGGGGAUCAGCCCCUCUCAGGAUAUCCUUGGUUCCAUGGCAUGCUCUCUCGACUCAAGGCUGCCCAAUUAGUGCUGGAAGGAGGCACUGGCUCACAUGGUGUCUUCCUGGUACGUCAGAGUGAGACAAGACGUGGUGAAUAUGUCCUCACUUUCAACUUCCAGGGCAAGGCCAAGCACCUGCGUUUGUCACUGAAUGAGGAGGGUCAGUGCCGGGUCCAACAUCUGUGGUUCCAGUCCAUUUUCGAUAUGCUUGAGCACUUCCGGGUGCAUCCCAUCCCUCUGGAGUCUGGAGGCUCCAGUGAUGUUGUCCUUGUCAGCUAUGUGCCCUCCCAGCGGCAGCAGGAACGGAACACCUCCCGUGACCCAACCCAGCCCCCUGAACCCCCUCCAUGGACAGAUCCCCCACAUCCUGGGGCAGAAGAGGCGUCGGGGGCGCCAGAAGUGGCGGCCACCACAGCCGCAGCAGCCAAAGAGAGGCAAGAGAAAGAGAAAGCGAGCGGCGGAGGGGUCCAGGAAGAGCUGGUCCCCGUGGCUGAGCUGGUCCCCAUGGCUGAAUUGGAAGAGGCCAUAGCGCCUGGCACUGAGGCUCAGGGUGGCGCUGUCACUGGUGGGGACUUGGGGGUGUCCCUAAUGGUGCAGCUCCAGCAGCUACCACUAGGGGGCAAUGGAGAAGAAGGGGGCCACCCCCGAGCCAUUAAUAACCAGUACUCCUUUGUGUGAGAUACCUGCCUACCCUCCAUUUUCCUGCUCCCAGCCUUAAGUUGUGAGACUGGGCUGGGUAGGGACACUGAGGAAAGUGGGAGUCCCCUCCCCACAUGCUUCCUGACCCUUGUCAUCCAAGGGCAUAUAUGUUGGUACAAGUAGAGGUUCAAGAGCCCUGUUAAGUCCCCAGUUAACUACACUACAGGUGCCCUUGCCCCGAGGCCUAGGGCUUGGGCUCCAUUACCUCCCUGGGGGGCUCUCAUGGUCAGCCCCAUCCUUGGGGGCUAUUUCCCCACUAAUAACCCCCAACCCAAGCAAGGGUGAGGGGGAAGGGCUGUCAGUUAUAUUAAGGUUGUUGUUGUUGUUUUAAACAAAAUGGAAAAGCAUAAAUAAAUAAAGGGUUUAUCUUAGUUCCAUCA